AUGGGGGCUCAAAUACAUAGCAUCAAAGACAGUCAGAUCAAUGCCACCAACAGAAGGUCCAUCCUCCCAAAGCACACUCAACUUUUGUUACCCUGGAAUCAAUCCAAUUCUCCGAAGUCUCAUUGCCAAUGGGCAGGAGUGUCUUGCUGCUCCAACAAGAGUUUUCAGGUCAGAGCCUUGAAUCUAUCAGGCUUUGGGCUAUCCGGUAUAUUAAACAACUCUGUCCCUUAUCUUUGCCUCCACAAGUAUAUGGUCUCUCUUGACCUCAGUGGCAACAGUUUCAGUGGUAACAUACCUCAAAUGCUGGGAAACUGUGGCCAACUCAAUACCAUUCUUCUCAAUGAUAAUGGCUUUGGAGGGUCAAUCCCUCAUCAAAUUUUCAUGUCGAAGUGGCUUAGAAGGAUUGACUUGGGCUAUAACUCUCUAUCUGGUGAAAUUUCCCCUGAGGUAAGUCUUUGCACAAAUCUGGAAUAUAUUGGACUAUACAACAACUUUCUAACUGGAGAGGCUCCAAGUGGAAUGUUUUCUUUACCAAAUUUGAAGUUCAUCUAUUUGAACACAAAUAACCUCACCGGUUCAUUACCUGAUUUCACACCGUCAUGUGGAAUUUUAGAUCUUUGGAUUCACGAGAAUGAAUUUUCCGGGUCUUUACCGCGUACCCUGGGAAACUGCUACAACCUUACUACGUUUAUAGCAUCUUACAACAAUUUUGGAGGGGUCAUUCCACCAGAGACUUUUAAGGGUCUUUUGCAACUUAAAGUUCUGUAUCUUGAUGAAAACAAUCUAGAGGGGGAAAUUCCAGACACUUUCUGGAGUCUGGAAAACUUACAAGAGCUUGUUCUUUCAGGGAACAAGCUCAAUGGAACAAUUUCUGAGAGGAUUGCUCAAUGCAAUCAGCUAGCGGUUAUUGCUCUUUCAGGUAAUAAUUUGGUUGGUCGCAUUCCUCAGUCAAUAGGAAAUCUUACAGGUUUAACUUAUUUAUUUAUCUUGAACAACAUGCUUAACGGCUCAUUACCUCCUGAGCUUGGAAACUGCAGUUCACUUGUCGAACUUAGGCUUCAGCACAACUUCAUUGGAGGAAGUAUCCCUCCAGAAAUUUGCAAUCUCGAAAGUCUUGAGGUCCUUUUUAUGUUCAGCAAUCAUAUUGAAGGCCGCAUUCCACACGGAAUUGGCAGGCUGAGCAACCUGGCGCAGUUGGCUUUGUAUAACAACAGUUUGACUGGUGGAAUCCCAACUGAAAUUGUUCAUUUAAAGAAAUUGAGAUUUCUAUCCCUGGCUCACAAUGAUCUCACUGGGGAGGUGCAAUUUGAGCUCAGGAAAAAUUUUCCUGCUCUGGUCAGAUUGGACUUGUCAGGGAACCGCCUUAAUGGAUCAAUUCCAUCCGGAAUAUGUGCUGGCGGUGAUUUUUCAGUUUUAGCCCUUGGGAACAACCGUUUCAGUGGGAGCUUUCCUACUGAUAUUGGAAAAUGCUCAUCCCUCAAGAGGGUGGUCCUUAGUAACAAUCUUUUGCAAGGGCCUAUGCCAGCAGAUUUGGAAGAGAACUCUGGAAUUUUCUUCCUGGACGUCCAAGGAAACUUGCUUGAAGGAAAGAUUCCCUCGGUGUUUGGUCACUGGACCAAUCUUUCAAUGCUUGAUUUCUCACGAAAUAGGCUCUCUGGCUCUAUACCUUCAGAGCUUGGGAAGCUUGAGAAUCUACAAAUUUUAAGGGUUUCUUCUAAUAGACUCACAGGGAGCAUUCCCUCUGAAUUGGGUCAUUGCAAAAAGAUCAUCAAAUUGGACCUUAGUGCCAAUUAUCUUUCAGGAAGUAUUUCUUCAGAGAUAUUAUCAUCGCCAAAAUUGCAGAGCCUUCUACUUCAAGAGAACAAACUCGUUGGAAUUAUUCCUGAUUCUUUUUCAUCCCUCCAAAGCCUAUUGGAAUUGCAGCUUGGAAGUAACAUGCUUCAAGGUCCCAUUCCAUGCAGUUUGAGUAACCUUCACCAUUUCAGUUCAGUUCUUAAUUUAAGCAACAACAGGCUCUCUGGUGAAAUACCUGCAUGCCUUGGCAAACUAGACAAGUUACAGAUUCUUGAUCUCUCGAGCAACAGUUUCUAUGGCGAGAUACCAGCAGAUAUGAACAACAUGAUCUCCCUCUACUUUGUGAACAUAUCAUUCAAUCACCUCAAAGGAAAAUUACCGUCUGCUUGGAUGAGGAUCAUAGCUUCAUAUCCUGGAUCUUUUAUCGGAAACGCAGAACUUUGCCCGCUAGGAGAUGAAGCUGGUUAUUGUCGGGAACUUAGAAAAGGCAACGGCAGGGGAAGGGUGCUGGCUGGUGUAAUUACUGCUGUGGUGGUCUCCGUGGCAUUGCUUUGUGCAGUGAUAUAUAUAUUGGUAGUUAGACUCCUACAAAAGAAACAUUCUUAUGAUCAAACUCUUCUCCAUGAACGACAGUCUAGAACCGAAGAUCUACCGGAGAAUUUGAAAAUCGAAGAUAUUAUUCGUGCUACAGAAGGAUGGAGUGACAAGUAUAUCAUCGGAAGAGGCAAACAUGGAACAGUUUACCGGACAGAAUCUUCCGACUCUAGGAACCAAUGGGCUGUCAAGAAGGUGAAUUUGUCCGACACAAACUUCAGACUUGAAAUGAGAACUCUGCGCUUAAUUAGGCAUCGGAAUAUAUUGAGAAUGGCAGGUUACUGCAUUAGAGAUGGAUAUGGAUUCAUAGUUACCGAGUUUAUGUCUGGCGGGACACUUUUUGAUGUCCUACACCAGAGCCAACCCCGUUUGGUUUUAAACUGGGAUACACGACAUCGUAUUGCUUUCGGUAUAGCUCAUGGCCUUUCCUACCUACACCAUGAUUGCGUGCCACAGAUUAUCCAUAGAGACAUCAAAUCAGAUAACAUACUACUGGAUUCUGAAUUUGAACCAAAGAUUGGAGACUUUGGAAUAGCAAAGUUGGUCUGUGAUACGGAUUCAAGCUCAACAAGGUCUGCAAUUGUUGGAACAUUGGGCUACAUAGCACCAGAGAAUGCAUACUCAACUCAGUUGACAGAGAAAUGUGAUGUCUACAGCUAUGGAGUGAUUCUGCUAGAAAUUCUUUGCAGAAAAUUGCCCGUAGACCCCUGCUUCCAGGAAGGCUUAGUUAUUGUCUCGUGGGCUAGACAGAACCUACAGGACAAUGAAGAAUACAUUUGCUUCCUUGAUGAGGAGAUCAGCCUAUGGGUCAAUGAUGAACAACAAAAGGCCCUCAGAUUGCUGGAACUGGCACUUCACUGCACACAAGCCAUGGCUGAUACGAGACCCUCCAUGAGGGAUGUAGUGGCAUCUCUAAUUAGGCUAAAUGAUAAAGCGUGAAAAAACCUGUAAACAACACAUAAAACCAAAGUUUUAGCUUUUACUGCAACAUCUCAUACUAUGUUUUUAUCAGAUUCUCAUUUUUGAGAGCAAUGCUGAUUACUGUGGACUGUGGCAUGACUGCUUAAGCAGCUAAUAACAGUUGCCGUCAUUGAGAA